AUGUUUCAAAGACCUGUAUUGCAGGUACUUCACAAAUUUGUAAUACAUGAGUCUGAAAUAGUAAGCAACUUGGUUUUCAAAAGAUUUCUGAAUCAUGUGCAGUUACUUGGGCGAGUUGAUCAGGACCCUGUCAUGAAACACGUGGAAGGAAAAAAACAAGUCACAUUAUUUUCUCCAGCAACAAAUGAGAUGUGGAAAUCAGGAGACAAUGAAGCAUACCAAAUGCGUGACAUCAGUCAAAAGACAACAUGGUACGGAAUUUCAGUAUUCCAAUCAGACCUCAGAGAUGUGGCAUAUCAGUAUGUGAAAAAGGGCUCUCAAAUUUAUGUGGAAGGGAAAGUAGACUAUGAUGAAUACAUAGCUAAAAAUAAUGUGAGGAGACAAGCAACAAUAAUCAUAGCUGACAACAGUAUAUUUCUGAGUGACCAGGUGAAAGAGAAGGCAUAG